AUCUCUUUCCACUGGGACGUGAAAUUUGAAGAAAACCGGCACUCUACAAUAUUAACAAUUUCCCCUCGCAAUCCAGUCUAGCGCAGCUAUCUAUCCAUCCCCCCCCCUCCAAUUCCACGAUGACGAUCGCCGACUGGCAACUAAAGGUCCAGGCCAAGCAGGUCGAAGUGGCCGCUAAGAUCCCUAAGGAAUGGCGACUGCCCAGCGAGAUCACCGAAAGCAUCUCGCAGGACUCCAAGAAGAGUGUCAUAGACGUCCCCAGAACCUGCGGCCUCCUCACACCCAGAGAGCUUGAAAUCACCGAAAACUACGAUGCCACUGAUCUCCUCCAGAAGCUCGCCUCUCGCGAAUUCUCUUCGGUCGAAGUCACAACCGCAUUCGCCAAGCGUGCGGCCAUCGCGCAGCAGGUGACUUUUUGCCUGACCGAGACCUUCUUCGACAUGGCGCUGGCCCGCGCAAAGGAGCUCGAUGACCAUCUAGCCAAGACGGGGAAGACCGUUGGUCCCUUCCACGGCCUCCCAAUCAGUCUUAAGGAGACCUUCAACAUCACCGGCGUCCCAACCACCCUCGGAUUUGUCUCUUUCCUCGAUCGACCCGCAGCAACUCACGACUCGGCCUUGGUGCAAAUUCUACUGGGGGCUGGUGCGGUUCUGUACUGCAAGACCAAUGUUCCCCAGACCAUGAUGACUGGAGAUUCGCACAACAACGUCUUUGGCCGCUGUCUAAAUCCCUACAGCUUGAAUCUUAGCGCUGGCGGCAGCAGCGGCGGUGAAGGUGCACUUGUUGCUAUGCGAGGCUCUCCCCUGGGUGUUGGAACCGAUAUCGCGGGUUCUAUUCGAAUUCCAGCCCUGGCCAAUGGUACAUAUGGAUUCAAGCCAUCGAUUAUGAGAAUUCCGUACGCCGGGCAAGGUUCUGCCAGUCGGCCAGGCCUGACUGGUGUCGCCCCUUGCGCAGGUCCACUGACCAAUUCCGCCAGGGAUCUCGAACUCUUGCUCAAGGUUGUAUUCAACUCGAACGCAGCGGAUCUGGACGACAUGGCUCUUGGAACCCCAUGGAUCGAGCCGACCCCUAAAACAACCCUCACAAUCGGUGUUAUUCCCGAAGACCCGGAGUGCCCAAUUCACCCCCCCAUGCAGCGUACUUUGAAGAACGCUAUCCAGAAACUUGAAGCCGCAGGCCACAAGAUCGUCGACCUGACUGGUAAAUUCCCAUCCAUCGCCGACAUGAAGACCGUCACGAUGCGAUACUUCAACAUGGAUCCGGACAAGACCGUCUUCAAGGCGAUCACCAGCAGCGGCGAGCCGUUCAUCCCAUCGCUCAAAUGCACAUUCGACUUCAGCGGAACCAGCCCUGAACCAACCCUUCGUGAGCUCUAUGACCUAAACGCUGCGAAGAUGAAGUACACUGCGCAAAUCCGCGCCGUCUACCUGGACAACAAGUUGGACGUUCUCCUCGGCCCAGCCUUCCAAAGCUGUGCGCUGCCACACGAUGCUCUGGAGAAGCCUUUCUAUACCAUAUUCGCCAACCUUGUGAAUUAUCCGGCCUCCGUCAUCCCCUUUGGUCGCGCCGAUAAGGCCGCUGACGCGGCGUUCGUGCGACAAGUCCAAUACGAUCCUCCAUACCUCCCUGACGAAAGCGAGGGCGCUCCAUGCCACGUUCAGCUCGUCACAAGGACCAUGCAGGACGAAAUUCUUCUCCGAUAUACUCUGAUUGUGGAUAAAGCCCUAAAAGCCUAGAAAGAGACCUAGGGUAACUUUCUUUAGGGUUUGCUAAUCAUAUAUGAUCUCAUAAUAUAGAAGCUCAUUCAACUGUGUCCUAUUUCCGUGCGCUGAGAGUAAUAGUGGCCAGGAAAGUGUGGAGACACCGGCCAUCAAUCAUUUUCAAGUAGUCUCUUGAGCCCUCGUAGCAUCGGAUGGCUAGGGCCCCAGUAUGCAUAUUCGUAUUCCGUGGUCCAGACCGUCUCUAGGCGCUUUAAAGCCCAGCAUGCAAUUCCUUCUCGGCCCUUGAUGAUCAAGAGAGAUAUGAUCUCGCGGAAUGGAUUUCUAUCCCAGGGGUUGACGGCGAUGGAACCUAGAACAAUCAAGGGCCACAGGUAGUAAUAGACAAAAUUGGGAUCAAUAUUGAGGAACGGUAUUAUCUCCAGACUUUCAUGUAGGAGAGACUCAAAGCCGCCCGAAAUCUCAUGCAGGUGAGGGUCCAUUUUCAAGAGAAGAGCUCUAAUAGCCAAGGUAUACAAGAGUCCGGUCCGAUCCUUAUCUUGAUCGUUGGCGGUUUUGCGUAUCGUUUGCUCCCAUCGAUGGAAAUCCGAUUGUAAACGAUAGUAGAGGGAUAAUUCGACUUCAUCCAACGGCCUAUUGUGCCGUGAAAGCCGGGUGAUAUCUGCAGUCAGCAGGAAGAAUUUAUACGAGGCAUCGAGUAUGGGCUGCGUGUUGGUCCAACCCGGGCCUGCAUCAUCUGGGUGGUCAGGG